AGGUCGCCUGCUCCUGGCGCACAGAGGACAACACUGCCAAGGCCUCCACGCACUACGUCGCUGGAAAUGGCAUCUUAGAGUUCGAGCACGGUCAGAUGGUGGCUACCAUCCCACUGACCAUCCUGCCGGCUGGACGAUGCCAGCUCCGAAGCACGGUUCGGGUCAUCACUUUCAACAUCGCGGGCGCCAAGUUCGACCCCAACACCGAAGGUGGCAAGGAGUCUUGCAUGGCCAAUGUGGUGAUUGAACCGGAUCCCGACAUCCAGGAGCGGAUCCUGCGAAUUCAUAGCGUUCUGGCGGUGAACUGGGCCAAAGCUCACACCGCCCAGUCCAACUGGACAGCCUGGAAGGAGCAGAUUAUGGACUCCAUUAAACUGAGAGAUGACGAACAGGAUGAUGAUGAAGAAGAGAGGGGUGGAUGCUUGGACUACCUCUCGAUGGCCACGACUGCCGUCUUAGUUGUUCCCUGGAAGAUCAUUUUCUCGAUCAUCCCUCCGCCGGGUUUCUGCGACGGCUGGGUCUGUUUCGUCGGAUCGUUGAUGGGCAUCGGUGCGCUCACCGCGGUGGUUGGGGAUUCGGCCGCCCUGCUGGGGUGCGUGCUGGAGAUCGGCAGCGCCAUCACGGCGAUCACCUUAGUGGCCCUGGGCACGUCCCUCCCAGACACCUUUGCCUCGCGGACAGCGGCUGUGACGGACCCCACCGCUGAUGCCUCGGUGGGCAACGUCACAGGC